AUGGAGAUGCAAGAUCGAGAUUGGGUCGACUAUUACGUACAACAAAACAACACAGUCAACGCAAAGACCGGUGGAGAAUUGGACGGGUCAAAUGGCAUCACAAGUAUCGCGACAUCCAGCCUCAACUACAGUCUAUACGACAAUGAAACCGCUUUCCCGGAGUAUUCAAACUUCACAACGGACGAUUACUGCUCGUCGAAUCAUUCGCACGUAUAUUUGAACGUUACUUGUGAAUUCCCGAUAAACUACGCCGAACCGAUGUACGGAUACAUCGCGCCCUUCCUCCUUGCCACCACGACCGUCGCUAACACACUGAUCGUGGUGGUGCUGUCCCGUCGCCACAUGCGUACCCCCACGAACGUUGUUCUCAUGGCGAUGGCGCUCUGCGACAUGUUCACAAUGCUGUUCCCCGCCCCAUGGCUCUUCUACAUGUACACUUUCGGCAACCACUACAAACCACUAAGCCCCGUGCGCGCAUGCCAAGCAUGGAACUACAUGAACGAGGUCAUACCGGCGAUGUUCCACACCGCUAGCAUCUGGUUAACGCUCGCGCUAGCCGUGCAGAGAUAUAUCUACGUAUGUCACGCGCCCGUUGCAAGAACUUGGUGCACGAUGCCACGGGUGAUGAAGUGCCUGAUAUACAUCGGCAUCGCUGCCUUCCUCCACCAGCUACCGCGAUUCCUGGACCGCCAGUACGUCCCACACCUCACCGUGUGGCGUGGACAUUUCGAGGAAGUGUGCAGGAUAGAAAUGGCGCCGUGGGUGCACGCGUUGUCGAUGGACGCCUACUUCAUAACGUACUUCGGGUUCCGCGUGCUGUUCGUCCACCUGAUACCGUGCACGUCCCUCGUCGUGUUGAACGUGCUGCUCUUCAGGGCGAUGCGGGCCGCGCAGAUAAACAGACAGAAGCUGUUCAAGGAGAACCGAAAGUCGGAGUGCAAGCGGCUGAGGGACUCCAACUGCACCACGCUAAUGCUCAUCGUGGUCGUAACAGUGUUCCUCCUCGUGGAAAUCCCCGUCGCGGUGGUGACCAUCCUUCACAUCAUAUCCAGCACGAUAGUCGACUUCCUCGACUACCACAUCGCGAACAUACUGAUACUGGUGACGAACUUCUUCAUCAUCGUCUCCUACCCGAUCAACUUCGCGAUAUACUGCGGCAUGUCGCGACAGUUCCGCGAGACUUUCAAGGAGUUGUUCAUCCGCGGCGCCGUCACCAGUAGGAACGGUGGUUCUAGCAGGUACUCGCUGGUACAGUUCUCGCCCUGGGUGUCAUCGGUCUCAAUGGACGCGUAUUUCAGCACGUACUUCGGGUUCAGGGUGAUAUUCGUGCACCUCGUACCGUGCACGUCGCUGGUCGUCCUAAACCUGUUGCUGUUCAAGGCGAUGCGGACGGCGCAGAUGAACAGGAGGAAGCUGUUCAAGGAGAACCGGAAGACCGAAUGCAAGAAGCUGAGGGACUCCAACUGCACGACCCUGAUGCUUAUCGUCGUAGUGACCGUGUUCCUUGUGGUCGAGAUCCCCGUGGCGGUGGUCACGAUACUUCACAUCAUAUCGAGCACGAUCGUCGAGUUCCUCGACUAUCGGAUCGCGAAUAUACUGAUUCUGAUCACUAACUUCUUCAUAAUGGUCUCGUACCCAAUAAACUUCGCGAUCUACUGUGGCAUGUCCAGACAGUUCCGCGAAACCUUCAAAGACUUGUUUAUAAAGAGUGCGUCUUCGAGCAGGAACGGCGCUUCUAGCAGGUACUCCCUGGUAAACGGCCCCCGAACUUGCACAAACGAAACAGUACUU